UGGGAACACAGGUGUUGGAAUGCUGCUGUAUGCUGAUGAAGAUAUACGCUGUCGAUUUUGCGAUGAUUGCAGGCUUCUGUAGGCCGGACACAGACCCAUUUGCGCCUAUGCUAGACAGUCUUCACAUUUGAUUAUUCAUGCGGUUGCCCAACCGCUCGGCCAAUUGAUAGAUUCCCCAUUUCAUUCAGCAGGCUUUGCCUACCGUUCAAGUCAUCUCGCGAGCAUUGAAAGUGAGGGAAAUGUGGUGGUGGUCAGCAGUGAUAAGCUGGUCGGCCAGUUCUAGACGUAUCCAUGGUAACAAAGGAUUUGAGCUGAGUGGCAGUUUUGUGUUUUGCCACAGUCCCGCCAAGCCACAUCGCCUAACCCCUUUUGGGAGCGGGCCCACCCGUCAGAACAUUCGCAAGGUGAAGCUGUGUUGUGAAGCGAACAAUUGAGGUAAGAACGGACAGUGAAGUGGUGCCUUCCUAAAC